ACCGCAAGUAGCGUCCUAAUUCCAUUAAAUUGGCGCUCGAAGAAGUAUUUGUAAUUGAAGGACUUUAAUGCGUACUGGUUUUUUUCUGAAAAGGGCUUAAGAUGCAGAAGGCGCGUCCCAGCAAGGGCUCGCCCAAGGCAAUUGGCGGUGGGCGCCAAAGUGGCCAUUUCCGGGUGCCGCAGCUAACUGCCCAGCAGCAAUUGCGGGCACAACAACAACAGGAAGAGGAAGACGCCGCUAUGGAUGCUUUGGACGAUGCCUUAAUCUUUGAUGACGAGGAGGGCGGAACACGGAUCGGAGAUAUAUACAUACCGCCCCCAGUGCCGCCACAUUGCUCCAUGGAGAGCACCGGACCUCGCUUAAUCAUUUCAAAGAUUGUGAAUCGGAAUUUUAAGAGCUACGCAGGCGAAGUUGAACUUGGUCCUUUUCACCAGAGCUUUACGGCUAUCAUUGGACCGAAUGGUAGCGGAAAGAGCAAUGUCAUCGACUCUAUGAUGUUUGUCUUCGGUUGCCGCGCCAAUCGCAUUCGUUGCAAGCGAGUAUCCACAUUGAUCCACUCUUCGUCAAGUUUCCCAAAUCUAAAGAGUUGCUCGGUAGCCGUGCAUUUCAAGCAAAUCGUGGACAAGGGUGACGGAAGCUGCGAAGAUGUUCCAAAUUCCAGCAUUGUCAUCGAACGCACAGCCAUGUCGGACAACUCCUCGUACUACCAGGUCAACGAUAAGAGAGCCCAACUCAAGGAUGUGGCUAAACUAUUGAAAAAACACCAUGUAGAUCUGGAGCACAACCGUUUCCUUAUCCUCCAGGGUGAAGUUGAGUCCAUUGCCAUGAUGAAGCCAAAGGGACAGACUGAAAAUGAAACUGGAAUGUUAGAGUAUCUUGAAGAUAUUGUCGGAACCCAACGCUAUAUUCGCCCACUGCAGCAGAUAAACCAGAGGGUAGAUCAACUCACAGACGAUCGAACCGAGAAGCACAACCGCUGCAAGCUGGCCGAGCGCGAGAUGAAGGAUCUGGAGCAGCCCUUCAACGAGGCCGUUGACUAUCUGAAGAAGGAGAAUGAGUUAGUGCGCACCAAAUCCUUCCAUGUCCAGAAGAUCAUAAGUAUCAAAAAGAGCAAGCUGGAGCAGUAUACAAAGGAGCACGAAGCCUGUGUAGAUGAGCUGAAGACCCACGACGAGGGUACUGCUGCUCUGAAACAAGAGCGAGCCGAGAAGGAAACGAUCAUUCGAAAGGAAAUUGAAGCCUAUGAAUCUCUAGUGAAAAAGCGCGAGCAGAUCAAGAAAAGGCUGGUGACUGUCGAGAGUGCAUACACGGAGAUUCAAAGCACUAUGGAGAACACAAACAAGCAACGCAAAAAGGACAAGGCCCAGAUAGAUAAGAACGAGAAAGAGCUGGAGGAUUUGCACAAGUUGCCAGAGAAAAAUCAGCGCGAGAUCGAGGACUGCAACAAAAAAUUGGAGAGCCUAGAAAAAAACAAGGUGACACUAAAUGAAGAACUUGAAAAUCAGCAGGCUGCGCUAACGGAAACCACGGCUCCUCUAACGGAGAAGCGCCUGAAGCUAAGUGACGAGUUGGUGGGGCUCAAAGAGAAGGUCAACACGGCCAAGGGAGAACUGCAGGUAUUCGAGUCGCAACUAAAGAUUCUUAAGCAAGCAGAGACCACAGAGUCCAGAAAGUAUGAGACUUUGAAAAGCUCCUAUGAGCAAUCGCAAAAUAGUCUUGAAGAAAAGGUAACCAGGAUGGACGAGUUAAAAGAUAGCAUUCCACGUAUGAAAUCCGAUAUAGCCAACAAGACAGGAGAACUGGAUAAAAUGGUCAAAGAGGAACGAAACCUAUCAAUGCAGUGCAACAAACUAAGAACAGAGAUCAACGAAAGAUCGACUGUCAUGCAGGCUCAACGCUCCAAUAACAAGGUUCUAGACUUCCUCAUGCGCCUCAAAAUGGAGGGGAAACUCCCAGGUGUUAUGGGACGCCUAGGAGAUUUGGGUGGCAUAGAUGCCAAGUAUGAUGUGGCAAUAUCGACCGCCUGUGGUCGCUUGGACAAUAUAGUCACUGACAACUAUGAUACUGCAUCAGCUGCCAUUGCUGCCUUGAAGCAAUACAACGUGGGUAGGGCCACCUUUAUCACGCUGGAAAAAAUCGAACACCUUCGUCGUGACGCCAAUUCCAGAAUAAAUACACCGGAGAACGUUCCCAGAUUGUACGAUCUGGUUAAUGUUGAGGACGACCGUGUAAGAACCGCAUUUUAUUUCGCCUUGCGGAAUACACUAGUGGGCGACGAUCUCGAGCAGGGCACCCGCAUCGCCUAUGGUAGGGAACGCUUCCGAGUGGUGACUUUAAAAGGUGAAAUGAUCGAGAUGACUGGAACCAUGUCUGGUGGCGGCAAUCGCCCCAUACGCGGUAAAAUGGGCACUCAGGUGCGAACGAAGACUGUAGAAUCGGCUGACAGCUCGCAAGUGUCACAGAAGGCUCUAGAAGAUAUGCAGAUUCAGGCGGAGGAGCUGCAAUCCCGUAUCAACUACUGUCAGGAGCAACAGGGCAGCCUUGAGCGCGAGAUUCAAACCCUGAAAAAUGGCGUACAGCGCGACGAGGCAGAGUACAAACGGCUGGGGGUAAGCAUUACAUCAUUGGAGCAGCAAAUGGCCAGCAACUUAAAGCAGUGUGAGGCUCAGCGCCAGCGAAUGCUCAAAAAAACAACGGACGAAGGGGCCGUCAAGGAGAGGGAGGAGCAAAUAGAUGGAGCCAAACAAGAGCUCGAGCAAGCUCAAUUUGCCGAACAGGCUGUAUCUAGCCAAAUCGACGAGAUCCAAGCCCAGUAUGAUAAACUGAGAAACGAAAACGUGAAGCCUGUAGAGGCAAAAAUUAAAAAGGUGGGCAACCAGAUCGAAAAACUGGCUGCCAAUGUGCGCUCCUUAAAUGUGGCUUUGGCUUCCGCUGAUCGUAAUAUUCAGAAAAUCACCGGAAACAAUAACAAUCUCCGUGAGAACAUAAAAGCUGCAGAGGAAAAAUUGAAAGCUUUGAACGAGGAUCGUCAGAAGUGUCAAGAAAAAAAGGAUGAGCUGGAAAAGGAAGCCGAGGAAUCAGAAAAAGCUAUAGACGGGGCUAAGUCCCAGUCCUCUGAUAUCAAAAAACAAAUAGAUGAGAUCACCAAGCAGGAGAAUAAAAGGAACAUCGAACGUAUUGAAAUAGAUACAAAGUUACAAGCAGCAGCGGGUAAAAUGAACAAGGUCAAGACUGACAUUCCUGGAUGGCAGGCCCAAUUAGCACCUUUAAACCUCAACGAGAUCCCAGGAGAAACUGAACCGCAAGCGCCACUUAAAGAACUCAAUGAAGAAGAGUUGGAAGCAGAAACAUUGGAAGCGUUGCAAUAUAAGCAAACCAUGUUGGAAGAGGAUCUGAAAACAAAGAAGCCAAAUCUGGGAUGCAUCAAGGAGUUCAAUGAGAAGCGCAUUGUUUACCUAGAUCGCGUUCGAGUCCUGGAAGACAUAACCUCCAAGCGAAAUGAAAUGCGUGACAAGUACGAAGAGGUGCGAAAGCGUCGCUACAAGGAAUUCAUGGAUGGGUUCAGCAUUAUAACUAGAAAACUUAAGGAAAUGUACCAGAUGAUUACGCUAGGGGGUGAUGCUGAGCUGGAGCUGGUGGACUCCAUGGACCCGUUCACUGAGGGCGUUAACUUCACGGUGCGACCGCCCAAGAAAAGCUGGAAAUACAUCUCAAAUCUCUCAGGCGGUGAGAAAACACUGUCCUCGCUGGCCCUAGUAUUUGCCCUUCAUUACUAUAAACCUUCUCCACUCUACUUCAUGGAUGAAAUUGAUGCGGCGCUAGAUUUCAAGAAUGUGUCUAUUGUGGGGCACUAUAUUAAGGAGCGUACAAAGAACGCACAGUUUAUAAUUGUUUCACUGCGUGUGAACAUGUUCGAGUUGGCCAACUUUUUGGUUGGUAUAUACAAGGUCAGCGAUUGCACAGACUCCAUCACCAUGCUAAACUACCCUCCGUCGCUGCCGACUCAGCGGCCCAUGGUCGCUAACAGUCAGUAUGUGGGUGAAACAACCGUUCAAGAUAAUACUCUGGUACCCGUUGAGAAUCAUACGCAAGAUUCUCAGGUCAGGCAGUCGGAAAAAAUAUCCCGCUUUAUAAAUCAGUUAGGGAGGGAAACUACCUUUGCUCCGACCUUGGAAAGUACAGGAAGAGAUACUACAUUUGCGCAACAUGUGGAGGGCACCGUUAUUGCAGAUGACAUUCAAUUGGUGAAUGCCACGGGACGAAUAACCACGGAUGUGUCUUUAGAUAGUCCGCCCUGCUCCCCAACCCUUGUUAAUGUUUAACUUUAAAGCGAAGGCAAAUCUGCACUGUAUUAUUUUAUUUGUAGUUUAUUAUAGUUUUCUAAAGACCGGUUUUGCCAUCUAGUAAAGCUGCAUGUUGUAAACAAGUCUAAAUUCCACAUCCACUGAAUUGGUUUAGCAUUUAAUUUCUUUUAAAUUUUAAAUGUUCAUGAAGAAAAAUCUUUGAAAAAUACUUGGUUCUUAAGGAAAG